CUAGUGCUCAGAGAAAAAACGAACAUGUGUUAAAAGUUUUAGUGAAAAUUGAGUGGACAUUUCCUUUUUUCAGAACAAUACGUUGUAAAUUCAGGUACUCAUACCAGAUAUAAUAUAAUGAAAAUGGAAGCAAAUUUUUAAAGAAAAAAUAUAAUAUCAGCUUUGAGAGCAAGUGAAUGUACAUAAGUGCAUUGAAUCGCGUUUACCUUAAAAAAAAAUGUAACUAGGUGCGUCAAAAACUACGCCUACGACUAAACCAAGCUUAAAUUUGGGGCAAUUGGUUUAUUAAAAUUAGUUGAAAAUAUUAUUUAUUUGAUGGACUGCAAAUAUAAAAUAAGAAGGUCUUAGAUCCGUUAAACGCCUAAAGUGUUAAAAACGAUUAAAAAUUGUAAACGUGCACCCAAGGAAGGCAAAAACGACAAUACUUUAGAAAUGACAUCGAACGCGUGUGAAUACCAUAAUUGAAAAGGAGCCUGCCCCUAGAGACCAUUUCGUUAGAGAUAAUAAGCGAAACAAAUGAUUACGGUAUCCCUGAAUUUAAGGGGGAGCUGAGGGUUGAACGAAUUACAAACCAGUGAGUUUUUUAAAUGGCUUUAGCUGAAAGUCUUCAAAUGACUUCUGUGUCAGUGGUUCCCUUCAAUGGAAUGGAAAACAGCACAUCGUCUCAAAGAUCAAACCACGUAAGCUCCGUUUUGCUUUACGGAGUGCCGAUCGUGUCACUGUUCAUCGAGGGCCAGGAGCGCCUCUGCUUGGCGCAAAUCUCAAAUACUCUACUGAAGCAGUUCAGUUACAACGAAAUACACAACAGAAGGGUUGCUCUUGGCAUUACUUGUGUACAAUGUACACCAGUCCAGUUGGAAAUAUUAAGAAGAGCUGGCGCUAUGCCAGUGAGCUCACGGCGGUGUGGAAUGAUAACCCGAAGGGAAGCGGAGCGACUCUGCAAGAGUUUUCUGGGCGACAACACACCUCCGCGGCUCCCUGACGACUUCGCCUUCAACGUCCAGCACAAAUGUGCUUGGGGCUGCCGCGGAUCGUUUUUACCUUCUCGCUACAACUCGUCUAGGGCCAAAUGCAUCAAGUGCUCAUAUUGUGGGAUGUUUUUUUCGCCAAAUAAGUUUAUUUUCCACUCACACCGCAUAACGACCAAUGACAGGUAUGUUCAGCCCGAUGCGGCGAACUUUAAUUCCUGGCGUCGACACAUGACACUGAGUGGGAAUACUUACGACGAGAAGAUAAUCCACGCGUGGGAAGAUGUCAAGGCCAUGUUCAAUGGCGGAACUCGAAAGCGACUUGUUGGCAGCAGCAUUAAUAAUCGAAAUAUGGGCUCGCCCACGCCUUCUGCGGCAGUGAGCUCCUGUGGGUCCCCAACGAGUAUUGAGCGAGACCCCAAGGAAGGCGACGGCGAAUCGGAGUCUCCAGAGUUCCCACAACGACAGAUUGAUAGCCAGUUUAACUAUAGUACUGUAGCCACAGCCGCCGCUGUGGUUGGCGUAACGGCGGUAGCAGCCGCUACUGUCGGUGUUCCUUUCAACUUGCACGGUUCUACUGUCCUGUCCCCUUUGCACUCGCUUCGGAAUGAUCGGGACCUUUCCCUAAUGCCCAUCUCCAGAAACUUUGUAGUGGACUACAUGUGGCAGCAGAAGGACGGACACUACCAACAUCAGUAUUCAAAGAAACUCAGUGGCGGUGAACCCAGCGAGCAAAGCCUGGACUUCGAGUCCUGCUCCCGAUCAUGGACUAGACCUGACACGAAUGUUUCAAUACCGACUGGAAGUUCUUUAAGGCUUUCGGAUAAUACUCCUUUUAAUAUAAAAAACGAGUCACACUCAUCUAUUUGUGGCAUUAUCAAAAACCGAAAGCUAUCUGCAGCUACGAGCAGCGGGUUAAGCCUCUCUGAUUAUAACAUUCCCUCGAUUCUUAACUGCUCUGCGUUUAAACCAGUCGUCGCUUCGACUGCAAUUGUGUCAACCUCCUUAUACACUAGAUCCAGUGACUCAAAGCGAACUGAUUAUAUAAACCCAACACAAUCUACAAGGACGACAACUGUUCUAACGCAUAACAGCAUUUCGGGUUCGUCGCACCAAAUAGUAGGUGAGACCAUUUCGCCAAUUUUAGAAAAAGUGACACCCAAUAUAGAAAAAAAGCCAACUGAAUCUGCUUUAGUCAACUGCCUACCCAGGAAUGUUAAUGAUACCGACGAUGACGACGAAGUCGUGGAUAUUGAGACAACGGAAGAUGAAGGUAAAUUCAUGGCUCAACACGUUGACGCCUCUCGUACGCCACCCGACAUUGUGUUUGAAAGCGAAAGUACCAGCCCUUCUCCGUCUACAAGUACAAAUAUUGAUGUAGAAGCAGACAUUGAUGUAGAUGUCAUUACAACAGACGCUGAGGAUCAACUAGAGUUCAAUGCCAGUAGAUGCGCAAUCGAAAAUACAAGUCAUUCCCUAUCAGUUUUUCAAAGUGAAACAUUACGAAUGUGUGGUUCAUCUCCAAAUGCAAAAAUCAUGUUAGGCGAUAAUGAAGUUACAAUAUCCGAGAACACGAAAGGAUUUAAUGCUCAUUUAAGAACUAAAGCUCGCCGAAAAAACGAAAAAAAUCAGCAGGAUCGAAGUCUUUCUAAAAAUACAGUUUCAAAACUGGUUAGCGAUAAAUCGCAUUCCAAGUCUUUAGCUGCAAAAGAAAUAUCAUCGAGCAUGGAAAUACAGCAGCGUGUUGCCUUUCCAGUUUUUUUGAAGUCACACUUGCACGCUUUUCGCCCGCAACCUUCUCGGCCAGCAACCUUCAGCCCUAACACUCUGGCAGAGUCUAACAAGUGGAAUUAUCCGGUCGGCAGCAGUGGAACCUUAUGUUGUUAUGAAACUUCCGCAAAUGAAAAAUGUUUAGAUUUUAAGUAAUUUUAUAUAAAAUCAUAAAUAAGUAUGACAAUUUACAGCAACAUCUUGAUUGCAUUAUUUAAACUUUCACACGAAUGCUCAUGAUAAAAAUCUGAUCGGGGAAAGCUAAUUUUCUAGAGUAUCGGUGCCUGAAAAUAUAAUUAAA